AUGUCCAUUAAGCCGCUGCCUGAGGACGUCAUCCGCCGCAUCAGGUCCUCGGCAACCAUCACCUCUCUCAACGCCGUCGUCUGCGGCCUCAUCAAGAACUCAUUCGAUGCAGGCGCAACCAGGAUCAACAUCACCGUCGACUACUCUCGGGGCAACUGCACAGUCGAAGAUGAUGGGCUUGGAAUUCUGCCAAUCGAAUUUCGGGAGGCUGGAGGACUAGGCAAACUGUAUCACACAUCAAGACACUCCUCCGAGGGCGAGGCCCACGGCGCCAACGGCAACUUCCUCGCCUCACUCGCCGCCUUGUCUCUGCUCUCCAUCACCUCUCAUCACCAUCUGCACAAUUCCCAAAACUCUCUGACGCUCCAUAACGCCAAAAUCAUGGCACGCAACGUCCCUGCCUUACCGGAGCAGCGCCUCCUUGCCUUUGCCCAUGGAACUCGAGUUAUCGUUAGGGACCUUUUCGGUUCUAUGGCCGUCAGAGUCAAGCAGAGAGCCGUGGCCGCUGAGAAAGCUGCCGUCGACAAGGAAUGGUCCCGUCUGGUUCACGACCUCGCCGCUCUCCUGCUGGCAUGGCCAUCGCCUGUUGCCCUCUAUGCUCGAGACACCAUCCACAACAACGAGAUUCGCUUCAGGCCCACCUCAACGUCUAGCAAAUCAGUAAAAUUUAAUCUCCUUGGCCACUCAUCAUUAAUUUUGGCCCAGUCAGGCCUUUCCGGUGGCUUGGACCAUGUCUCAUGGAUCCCGAUCGGGGCCACAAGAGGGAAGCUAACCGUUGAUGGGUGUAUCUCCUUGAGUCCAGUGGCAACUCGCAGAGCCCAGUUUAUCAGCUUUGGUGUUCACCCCGUGGCUAACGAACACGGCACUAAUGUCUUGUAUACCGAAGUCAAUCGUGUAUUUGUCAACUCCGGUUUUGCGAUUGAAGAAGAUGUGGACAUGUCGCUGGGCCAGGACGAACUGCUAGAGAGCCUCAAAGGUCUCGCUAACAGGAAUGUUCGACCGAAGAGGGGCUUGGAUCGUUGGCCCAUGUUCCACUUCCGAAUCUCUUCGUCAUCGGGAGUGCGGCCUCUUUUGACUUCCUCUUUCGAAGACCUCCUAGAGGAACGCAACCGGACACUAUCGGACAUGAUCGGCUUGCUCAAGCUGGUUUGUUUCGAGUUUCUGAAGAAAUAUCACUUUCGCCCUCAUAAAUUCAAUGAUUCUUUGCGAAGACCGGGGUACGAAGGAAAGGAUGAAGCCACUCAAUCAUCUGGCAGGCCCGGUAAACGGUCGAGGCCUGUUUCAACGGCAUCAAGCCGCUCGAAUUCCGCCACGCCUACUUCAAGACAAGACUCACCCUUUGAUCUCUGGCAACGAGUCAAAGCUGGGCAAGUAUCGGCGGCCACUUCCAAGUCCGGGCGAUCCACACCGAUAUCGUCUACAGCAAGCCCACUAGCGACAGCAGCGUCGUCCGUAAACGAUGAAGAGGAACGAGACUUACAACCAAGCCUGCGCUUUCUCGAUGAUUCAGGCAACGUUUUGCGCAGACCCUUCGAGGAUGUGCCUUCUAUCUCUUCACCAAAAAAGGCCGCGGUUUCGGACCAAGACUCAAGCUCGGGGUCCUCCCCAGAGGAGGCUGGACAAUACAGAACUACAGAGACUGGAUUAGGGGGAUCAGUACAACCGCAAGAGGCAUCACAGGACUCAUCCCAGUUUUCUAAGGUCAAUGCCCCAUUUACAUCGGCGUUCCAGCGAUUCAAAGAAAAUAGUGCUCAGCCAGCAAAAGAACCCAGCGACUGGUUUAAAGGAGUGCUAUCAGAAUGGGAGAACCCUGUCUUCAAGGCGGUUCAACCUUCCGUCCCUCGUGUUGAUGAUACAUCUCUCGGAGUAGGCGAUGAAGAUGUUGGGUCGACACAGGCGACUGAUGCUGGAUGUUGCCACCACACAACCAUGUCCAACGUCAAGCUGACUGGGCGCAUCUCCAAGGCUGCUCUAGUUGGGGCUGAAGUCGUGUCGCAGGUUGACGCAAAGUUUAUCCUUGUAAAACUACACCGAGAACAGGUGUCUGGUAGAGCACGGCCGGAACUUCAACGGAACUCAGUUUUGGUACUUAUCGAUCAGCAUGCCGCAGAUGAGAGAUGUCGACUCGAGGCACUGAUGCAAAACUACUUCGAGAAGGUGGAUGGGUCCGACGAGGUGGUUGCACGGACGCAGGCUCUUGACAAGCCUCUUCAGUUUGAGUUUUCCAAUGAGGAGCAUCUUUUGCUGCGAAGAUAUGCCCAUCAUCUGCGUCGAUGGGGCAUCGUCUACAAGCUGGGGGAUCAAGAAACAAGUCAGUGGCGGCACAAGAGUAAGCAAUUACCCAAGGUGGAGGUGCUGAGUCUCCCACCAAGCAUGUAUGAGAGAUGCAAGACGGAUCCAAAGCAGCUUGCGGAGGUCUUGCGAAACGAGAUAUGGAAGCUCGAGGAGGGGGACAGGCCGACUACUCGGCCUUUUACUGCUGCUAAGGGCAUCGCUGGUGGUGACAUCGACUGGGUAUCCAAUUUCCACGGUUGCCCUCAAGGAAUCCUCGACUUGCUUCACUCGAGGUCUUGUCGAAGCGCCAUCAUGUUUAACGAUGUUCUGUCAACAGACGAGUGCAAAGAUCUUGUGCGACGGCUGGGACAGUGCGUAUUUCCGUUCCAAUGCGCCCACGGUAGACCUUCGAUGGUCCCCUUGAUCGACAUGAGGAACUUGAACAUUCAUAAGGAAACCUCUCCAUUCAUCGUCAGUGACAUACCGGGGAAAUUGUGUGGCUGGUGCUUACGUCCGAGACCCACAUUCGUUGGACAGCACUCCUGUGCUGCUGUAGCACCAGCGAGAGCAACAGCUCCGAAGCUCCCCACAGCGGCGUCAUUGGAGUGCGAGGCACCGACAACGACCGACACCCAGCGUCGCCCUCAACACAACUCCCACCGCCGCCCCUCCGACGAGCCUUUGACGCCGAGAGAUGUAGCCAUGGCCUUUCAGACUCCAACGCUGCAGUGGAAGGCAUUCGACUUCUUCGACGUCGCCCAGAUCCGACUCGCCGACGACGAGACCCGCGCCUUCUUCGAGAGCAACGAGAUCGCUAGUGUCUGCUCCGGCUCCGACAGCCUCUUCCUCGGGAGCUACGAUGGAUUCGUGCGGAUCGUCGGCUCGAGCUGGAAGAUCGUCAAGAGCUUCCAGGCUCACGAUGUCGGGACGAUCACACACAUGCGCCAGAUCGAGGGGACCAGCUUGCUGGUGACGGUCGCUGAGGACCUGAGCAGCGAGCCGGUGCUGAAGAUCUGGGCCUUGGACAAGUUGGUCAAGAAGACCAACAUGCCGACUUGCCUGAGCACCCUGAACAUUACGAACAACAAGAAGCAGUUCCCGAUAUCGGCCAUCGACCUCCUCGACAACUUGACGCAAGUAGCGGUCGGCUUCGCCAACGGCGCCGUGACGCUGAUCCGAGGCGAUCUGAUCAACGACCUAGGCGCCAAACAGCGGACCGUCCACGAAUCGGAGGAGCCCGUCACGGGCAUCGAGCUGAUGACCGACGUCCAGGGUGUGACGACUCUCUUCAUCUCCACGACCGCUCGCAUCUUGAAGCUGGCCAUCUCUCGACGAGGCCACAGCUCACCGCCCAAGACGGUGGAGGAUCUGGGCUGCAACGUGGAUUGCAUGACUGUGGACAAAAAGACGGGCGACGUUGUCGUGGCUAGGGAGGAUGCCAUCUACACGUACACGCUGGAGGGCAGGGGAGCGCCGCGGGCAUACGAGUCGCCCAAGCGAUUGGUGUCGAUCUACCAAGAUUACGUCGCGUUGAUCUGCCCCCCGUCGUCCUCGACGACCGAUAAGCCCUCGGAUACCAUGCGGCGGCGCUUUGGCGGGGGGGCUGCCGAUGCACUCUUCAACGCGUCGACUUUUGUCCUCUUGGAACCGGACCUGAGGGUGGUUGGGCACACGCAGUCCCUGAUCUCGCCGUUCAAGGCCAUCUUCCAGAUCUGGGGCGACCUCUUUGUCCUUACCCAGGACGGCAAAGUGAACCGUUUCCACGAAAAGACUCUGCAGCAGCGCUUGGAGAUGCUCUAUCAGCGCAAUAUGUUUCCCUUGGCCAUCGAGCUGGCGCAGAAGUCGAAGAUGGACGCGACGCAGCAGAGUGGCAUUUUCCGAAGGUUCGGCGACCAUCUGUACCAAAAGGCCGAUUAUGACGGCGCGAUGAUCCAGUACAUCAAGGCCAUUGACACGACGGAGCCGUCACAGGUUAUCAGAAAAUUCCUCGACACUCAAAGGAUACACAACCUUAUCCAGUACCUCGAGCAACUACACGAGCAUCGCAAGGCGACAGCAGACCAUACAACACUAUUACUCAACUGCUAUGCCAAGCUCAAAGACAUUGACAAGCUCGAAGCCUUUAUCAAAUCUCCGGGUGAUCUGAAGUUUGAUCUCGAGACCGCCAUAUCCAUGUGCAGGCAAGGAGGCUACUACGAACAAGCGGCGUACCUUGCUAAGAAACACGGUGAAACCGACCUGGUCGUGGACAUCCUCAUUGAGGAUUCCAAGAAAUACGCAGACGCGCUGGACUUUAUCUGGCGUCAAGAUCCGGAGGUGGCCUAUCCCUGUCUCAAGAAAUACGCUCGGGUCCUCAUAGAGAACUGCCCGAAAGAUGCAACUACUCUCUUCAUCGAUUACUACACAGGCAAAUACCGUCCCAGAAUACACAUCAUCCCCAUUGAAGACAAUGAAGAGAGUGUCGCAGCUGGAGGUUAUGUUGCAGGCGCCGCGAACGCCGUCCAGAACCUUUCCAACUUCCUUCCCUUGCCGUACAUGAACACAUCCUCCAUCGCCAGCCCUUCAACACCAGGAAACCAGACGAAGCCGAUCAACGGCGACGCCUCCCUCAUCAUGAAUCCCGAAGAUAUUCCAGCACCAAAGUACUCGCCACCGCGGCCACGGACGGCCUUCUCAUCAUUCAUCGACCACCCCGAUGAGUUCAUCGUUUUCCUGGAGGCUUGCCUCAAGGAGCCAGCUCUGGAGGAGAACGAUCGAACAGAUUUAUACACCACAUUAUUCGAGAUGUACCUUCACAAGUCCAACGAGAGGAAGGGGGAUCAGCACAAGGAAGAAUGGGAGAAUAAAGCCAAGACGCUCAUCGAGGGCCAAGACAUACCAAUGGAGAGCUCGAAUGUCCUUCUCCUCUCCCACCUCUCAGACUUCAAAGACGGCACAACGCUCGUCAAGGAGCAAUCAGGCCUCCUCUUUGACAUCUUCCGCUCCUACACGUCGGCAAAGGACACCCGCGGCGCCAUCAAAGCCCUCCGCAAGUACGGCCCGGAGGAACCCCAGCUCUACCCAGCAGCCCUGGCCUACCUGACCUCGGACCCCCGCAUCCUCGAAGAGGCUGGGCCCGUCGAGCUCUCCAACGUGCUCGGCAAGAUCGACCGGGACGGCCUCAUGGCCCCGCUGCAGGUCAUCCAAACGCUCGUCGGCCAAAACGGGUCCUCGGCAGGAGGCGGCGUCGCGACGAUGGGCAUGAUCAAGCCCUACCUGCACGAAACGAUCGACCGCGAGCGCAAGGAGAUCGCCGCCAACCGCCGCCGCAUCACGGCCUUCCGCAGCGAGACAGAGCACAAGCGCGCCGAGCUCGCCGAGCUUGGCUCUAAGCCCGCCGUGUUCCAGUCCUCCCGCUGCUCCGUCUGCACCGCGCAGCUCGACCUGCCCGCGGUCCACUUCCUCUGCAAGCACAGCUUCCACCAGCGCUGCCUGCGCGUCGAGGGCGAGUGCCCGCAGUGCGCCACCGACAACGCCACCAUCCGCGCUCUGCGCAAGACGCAGAUCGAGACGGCCGGCAAGCACGAGCUGUUCAAGGCCGAGCUGGAGAGGAGCGAGGACCGCUUCGGCACCGUCGCCGAGUGGUUCGGCCGCGGGGUCAUGGGGGCGCCUAAUGCUGAUACCGCCUAG